GUCUUCGCUCAUUGGCUAGCGGCGAAGUUUGAAUUGCAACGCGCUCACUGUAGUCUGGGCUGCGGGAGGAAGAGGACAAAGAUGUGGACAAAGAUGUGGACAAAGGUCCAACAAGGUGGUCGCUAAAAUAAGAAAAGGAACACUAACGGUGGGUUCAACAUCACCGAAAGGGUUCUGGUGUCCAACAUUUCCCCACUACCGAAACGGGUCUUCAGUUCUAGGCCAUCAUGCAGACUGCUGUGCAGAGCCUCCAGAGCUUAUAUGAUAAACUGAGGACACAAGUUGACCUUCUCAAUGAGAACAUUGAACCCAACUUCAUCCAGUUGGCACAAAAUUUUGAUGACUGCCGUCGCAAAUGGCUGAGGGCAGAGCAGGAACUGGGCUCUUGCAAACAGGGGCUCACCAAAGCAGAGACGGAGAGGGGAGCCUUGGAGGUCAAACUGAAACAUGCCCGCAACCAAGUCGACGUGGAGAUCCGGCGCAGACAAAAGGCUGAGGCCGACUGUGAGAAGUUGGACCGCCAAAUUCAGUUAAUCCGGGACCUCCUGACCAGUGAGGGAUCCUCCAACAGCAUCCAGCUGAGUGCAGAGCAGCGCUCAGCUCUUGCCUUCCUGAACACAAACUGCCAAGCAGCAGCAGCCAGCCUGAAUGUCAGUCGAAGACUGACGACAAUAGAUGAGUCCGCCUCCAUCUUGUCAGAUAUCAGCUACGACAAAACAGAUGACUCUCUUGAUUGGGACUCCUCCACUGUGAGGACAGUGCGACUCAAGAAAAGAGAGAAAAGGCGCUCCUCGAGAAAUCAUGUCGAUGGUCCUCCAAUUGCCUCCAAACGGUCUCGAUCAACAGGCAGAACUUCAGAAAGGGGAAAUGAGACCCUCGUGACAAAGACCACAGUGACGGUCCCUGCAAAUGGAGGACCUGUGGAGGCAGUUUCAACCAUUGAGAGUGUUCCUUAUUGGACUCGCAGCAGGAGAAAGACUGCUGCCAUGGAGUGGGACUCUGAAUCUGUCAAGUCUGACGAUGUCUUCAAGCAGCCUGGCAACCCUGAAGGAGAGAGAAAAGCGGCCCCCAGCACUCCGCAGAAACACGGGGGUGUCCGUCUUCAUGAGUUUGUCUCCAAAACUGUCAUUAAGCCUGAAUCAUGCGUACCCUGUGGAAAGAGGAUUAAGUUUGGCAAGAUUUCCUUGAAAUGCCGUGACUGCAGGGUGGUCUCGCACCCCGAGUGUCGCGAGCGUUGCCCUCUGCCAUGCAUCCCCAACCUGGGUGCGACACCGGUCAAAAUCGGGGAGGGUGUGCUCGCAGACUACGUCCCCGACACAUCGCCCAUGAUUCCUCCUCUAGUGGUCCACUGUGUCAGCGAGAUCGAGCAAAGGGGCCUGCAUGAAACUGGACUGUACCGUCUGUCCGGUUCUGAUCGCACAGUGAAGGACCUGAAGGAAAAGUUUCUACGCAGCAAAACUGUCCCUGUACUCAGCAAGGUGGACGAUAUCAACGCCAUCACUGGCCUCCUCAAGGACUUCCUGAGGAACCUCAAGGAGCCUCUUCUCACCUUCCGUCUCAACCGUACUUUCAUGGAGGCAGCCGAGGUUUCAGACGACGACAACAGCAUAGCUCUGAUGUACCAAACCAUCGGUGACCUGCCACAGCCCAACAGAGACACACUGGCUUUCUUAGUUCUUCACCUUCAGAGAGUUGCUGACAGUCUGGACACUAGGAUGGACAUCAGUAACUUGGCUCGAGUGUUUGGUCCAACUAUUGUGGGUCAUGCAGUUCUCAACCCUGACCCUAUGACAAUCCUACAGGAUACCAAACGACAACCCAAGGUUGUGGAGCGUCUGUUGGCUCUGCCAGUGGAUUACUGGGGUCAGUUUACCAUGGCAGAAUGCGAGCCGCCAAACUUGGACCACCUGAUCAUCGAGAACGCAAACUGCUAUGCCACCCCCGAGAGAAUGAGCAUGCUGGGACCUCUGACUACUCCAGAGCACCAGCUCAAUAAAACGCCCUCGUCCAGCUCCUUGUCUCAGCGCAUGAAGUCCACUCUGACACCCAGAUUUGGGAGCAAGAGCAAAUCAGCGGUCGGAUUUUCUCGCCAAGGAAAAUUCUUUGCAUCUCCACUCCUUAAAUAAUCCAAAGCAGCUACACUUAACCCUUUACCGAUAUUGCAAUAACAACCAAUAUAUAUUUUUGUUCCGCAUUUGUGCAUAACAGAUAUUAUAAUACUGCUUUGAUAACUGCUAUAAACACCUCCAGUCUUGUAGUUUUCUUAUAAUCGUUUUAAUAUUUCCACUAUUAAGAGUUGUAUUUUGAUGAUUUUACGUGUUUGUAAAAUGAUACGUUUUUUUUAACCAAAUAGGUUUUGCUAUCUAUGCACAAUUGUGUGUAUUUAGAGCUAAUGCUUUUGCUAAAUAUUUAAUACUGCAGCUUAUUGUUGUACACCAGAAAGAAAAGUGGAUCGGUGUCACGUUAUAACGUUAAAAGUUUAUUGAUAUAACAAGAUGUUUUUCAUGUUAUUACGACAUACAAACUUAACAAUAUACUAUUUAUCUUGUUAUAACAUGAAACUUUUCAUGUUAAAACAUGAUAACUUGUUAUAACAAAAUGUUUCACGUUAUAGCAUGAUCAUCACUUAUAUUGUUAUAAUGUGAAAUGUUUCACGUUAUAUAAGUUGUCAAGUUUUAGCAUGAAAAGUUUCACAUUAUAAUAAGAUAAAUAGUAUAUUGUUUCUUGUUAUAAUGUGAUAAGUUUGUAUGUUGUAAUAACGUCAAAAUAUCUUGUUUUAACAAACUUUUCAUGUUAGAGUUGCUUUUUUUUCUAGUGUGGCAGCACUACGCAGCCAUAGUUUAACAUUCUCCUUUCACCUCUUAACACACGGGAAGGUACUGUAUAUUACUCUUUUUGAGGAAUGUGCUCGUAGGUGAAAAUUUGUACUGUAUAUGCAGUUUUAUUGUGACCUGUUUCUAAAUUCAAUCAUUUCUCUUGACAGUUUUUCAACUCAUGUGUUACUCAGAAGUUGAAUAACUGAUUUUUAGGCAUUUCAUUCUAGGUUAUAACUGAAUGUGUGACGGCUAGUAACCAUAUCUUGUACGCUUUUUUUGAUGUUUGUAUUUCAUUUCUAUUAAGUUUUGAUUGUCUUCAUCCUCCAGUGAAUUGUGCUGUCAAAUAUGUUCAUACUGUAACUACAAACAGUAGUUAUAAGCCCUCAGGCGGAUUUUCUCUGUCAUCAUCUGCGUGCCUGACUGGGUGUGAGGUUAUUGUUAAUUAGCAUUAAUCUCUUAAAAAAGGGGGGACAAAAUUUGAAUAUGUUGGCUGCCAUUUUGUUUAGCCCUGCCAGUGAUCAUCAGGAACAUUGUUCACUGGUUUAUGUCAUGGGCUGUAAUCUCUGCCAGAUCAUUUUGCUCCUCUAAUGUUUAUUGCUCUGCGUAAUGUUUGUACUGUGGGAGGAUGCUUAUGGGCAAUCCCAUGCAAAAGGCAAUUACUUUGUAAGAUUAACCAGUUAAGUUGCUGUGGCAUUAUUUGAUCAACUAUUAGCACACAUUUUGUACACAAGUACAUGCUCUAAAAGUCAUGUAACUUAUAAAAUACAUUUCUAACCUUUACAAAAA